AGUGUGUGCAUGGGUUUUGCUAUUUGCCACCCGUCGUCGAUAAAUGAACGCUUAUUUCUCCCAGAAAACGACAUAUUCUUGAACAGGUCAAAAUGUUUCGUCGGUCAAGAUUUAGUAUUCGGCCCAAUGUCGGUACGGCGGGGAGAACAGCAGCAACACCUCAGGAAGCCCCUUCAGCAAAUCAGGAGGCCAGUGAGAACCCCAAAGAUGUCAGUGAGAGCAGCACUGCUACUGCUGUGACUGAUGACAAGUCUGUUGUGACCCUGUCAGAAAAACCUACAGCCUCAGGGGAUGGUAAUGACCAGAAUGGAGAAGGUACCAGCUCUUCAGCAGCACUCCAGAGAAGGAAGCGGUUUUCCAUCAAGCCUAAAGUGGCCCCCGGUCGCCCCUCCACCCUUGCUCGGACACAAAAAUCCCCUGUCAAGGCAGUGUCUGAAACUUCUACUGAAGUCCCUGUCUCAGACCUCGACAAGUCAACUACCUCCAGCCAAACUGGGCCUACAGCUGCCCCUCAAAGACUCCAGUCCCCAAGGCGACGGAGGCCUUCAGAAGAGAGCAAACAGCCCAAAAUACAACCUAAACCUACCCUCAUCCCUUCUGACAGUUCAGAACCCUCAGCUCCUCCUACAGCUGAGGACUCUCCAGAACAACCCCAUUUGCCGACAGACAGUGGCAAAGAAUUAGAAAGCACACCAGGCAGUCAAGUUAAAGAAGUUCCUUCCAAAAUACCAGAUAAAGUGCCCCCCUCUCUACCAGACAAAGAAGCUAUUGAGAUAUCAGAAAAAGCCAAGACGUUGGUGUCAUCUAAGUGUGGGCUUUCAGUGUCAGCACCAGCGUUCUCCUUGAGUAGACUCCUGAAUGACCCGUCAGACUUACAGAGGCUUGCAAAGGCCCAAAAGCUCCGAGAGUUGCUCAAACAGGAGAUGAACAAAGAAAAGAAAAUGAAGAAAGCUAAGGCACGUACAAAGGAAUAUACCAUAGAUCCCGCCAAAAUGACCAUGAGGGACCUUAUCCGCUAUCUGCCGCUGUCUAACCCCAUGACAUCUAAUUUAGAAGAGUCAGCUCAAGAGAAUGAGACUGUGGUCCCACCUUCUCCUGCAAGAGAAGAGUCACCAGAGAGAGCGCAGCAACCUGAGGUCCCCCCUAAAAUAGCGAGCCCAAGGGAGGAGGAAGAGGCGGAGGCAGAGGCAGAGGCAGAGGAAGAGGAGGAUGAUGGCAUCAUGGUUCCUCAGGUCAAAGUAGCAGAGGAUGGCUCAUUGAUCAUUGAUGAAGAGAGUUUGACAGUGGAGGUCCAGCGAGCCAAAGGGCCAAAUCCAGCACAGGAUCGUGACCCCAUCUUUGAGCGGGGCUCCACUACGACCUACUCAAGCUUCAGAAAAGGGACCUAUUCGAAGCCCUGGUCCAGUGAAGAGACAGACAUGUUCUUCCUGGCAAUUAGCAUGGUGGGAACAGACUUUUCCAUGAUUUGCCAGCUGUUUCCUCACAGAGCACGAUCAGAAAUAAAGAACAAAUUCAAAAAAGAAGAGCGAGAGAACACCUGGAGAAUUGACAAAGCUUUCAGAGAGAGGCGCAAACUGGACAUAGAGUAUUUUUCUAAGCUGCUGGAAAAGAUUCUGGAAGUUCAGAAAAACAGGAAGAAACUCAAGUCUCUUGCUGGGAAGAAAUCCCCCAAGAAGCCUAAGAGAAAGGCAAAGGACAAAAAAGCUGCAAGGAAGCUGAGUGUUGUGGAGGAGGAAGAUGAGGAAGAGCAGAAUGAAAUUUCUGACUUGGAGGAGGAGGAGGAGGAGGAGGGAGAGAAAGAGAAUGAGGACCUCUGUAAUGAGGGAGGAACCACUGUUGCUAAGCCUAAGAAGAAACGCAAGAGGAAGAGCAAGCAGGAUGACAUGACAGAGGAACCAAAUGACAAGAAAAACAAAACGGGUGAAAAGAGCAAUGAACAAGAUGAGGCCUACAUACCCGAAGACGCUGAGGCAGCACUUCCUGAGGACCGUCCAAAUUCAGACAUGACUGAAAAGACUGAGAAUGUGAAUGCAGCCAAGAACACCACAAUCAAGCCAGCUAAACUCUCACGAGGCCGAGCACCAAAACCAUUACUGCCCCUUGGCCGGAAGUGGAGUAAAAAGCCUCCACCACCCUCCACAAAGGCCAAUGAUAGUACAUCAGAUAAAGGGGAUGAGAGUGUGAUUGAUGGAGCCUCUGAGGAGCAGGUAAAUAAAGAUGCAUCACCCAAUAAGAGGAAGUCCGCCAAUGAUGACAUUUCCUCUGAAGAAGAGGAUGCAACCGUUCAACCUCCAAGACCCACCAGGUAUGGGAGAGUGCCCAAACCAACCAAGCCCUUGAAUUACCCAGACAAAGAAGCUGCACACUCCUCUGAAACCACUCCCGCCUCACCAGCAGGGUCCACUGCCUCUGCUGCCAGGCCUAAACCCAAAGGCACAGCCAAGAGGGGAAGAUCAUCAAAGCCACAAUCAGCCCAAGAGUCCAAAAGGCCCAAACUGGUCACCCUCAGGGCUUCUCAGUCAGAAUACAGUGAUGACGAGGAUGAAAUGCAGCGAGAAGAAGAGGUGGAGGAAGAGGAGCAGCCUGCAUGCAGCUACAGUAAGGACAGCACUGCCCCUGUGUUUGUGCCAGCCAGCCUGCGCUCCCCACAUCCUGUGAUUUCAGAAGUGGAAGAGACAAUGGAGGAGCUUGAUAUCUUGGCCAAUAUGCCUGAUGUGUUGGGCAUCUCCCAAGAUGCACUGUGCCCUGAUGCCUCUUGCGAGCAGGCACAAAAUGAGACAGGCACAGUUGAACCAUGUGAACAUCAGCUGGACCUGCUUGUUGAUGUAAUAGACUUUCUUUCUUCAGAACACACAGAAGUAUCCGAGGACGCUAGCUACAACGAGGCCGCUCAAACCCUGUUGACCAUCGGGAAUCUGACACACCUGUCUCAGUCAGCUGUGAAUCAAAUCGCCAUACAAGAUCACAUAACUGUUGCAGGGACAACAUCAGUAAGUGUGAAUAAAACCAGCCAACACCGAGAAGAAGAGAUUGGAUCAGUGCCUGCUGCACAAGAGGAAAAAAGCGCCACACCUGUUAUGUCAGAAACGUUUGGUCGUGGAGUCACUGAAACAUCAGAAAAUGUUACCACUGUGGAGCUACAAAACAGCACAACAGACAACGAUGAUGUUCCCAAUGUUAAAUUCAAUGAUCAGAGUGCUGGUUCUGAUAUGGACCCUACACGUCAAUUGCACUCAAGUCCAGAGGGCCCAAAAAACAAAUCUCCACAGACAAGGAAAGGACGCUUACCUAAGGUGAAACCAAAACCCAACCUAGGCCAAGUUUCAAGGACUGGUCAGUCAAAAUCCAUUCCAGAGACAUCAACAGUACAGACAGCUGAAGAGAGCUGCACAGUUGCUCCUGAUCAUUCUCAAGCCUUUGAGACACUAUCAGCUACAGAGGAAGCCCCUAAGAUAGCAGAGUGUAGUCAAGAAUUGUUAAAAGAUACUUCUUGUAUUGAAGCUAAACUUACAGGAGGGCCAUUUGGCAUUCAGCAGAGGUCUGGUGAUCAAGUAAAAUCAGGUGCAGCAACAUCUUAUCAGAGUGCCUCAGAAAACCAGAUCUUCUCUGAAGCCCAGUUUGAACCCAGCAGGGAACUGGCCACCACAGACACAAGGCCAACAUCCACAGAUGAAAAACUGAUGUCUCAUUUUAGGACAACUGAGAAUAGUUGGAAAAAUACAUUGACAUCUGACUCAGCAGCCACAGAAUCACAGGUUGGUCAAGGUUUAAACAGAGAUUCAGUCCCUGCACAAGAGAGCAGCGACCAUUCUGCACCAUGUGUUACACCUGUAGAAGAAUUACCAGUAACUCAGAAAGAAGAGAGUGAAGUUGCAUCUACUCGCCAGACCAGGAGGAAUCGAUUCCAGAAAGUCAAACCGAACUUAACACAGACAUCAAGGACUGUGCAUUCCAAACCUCAAACCACAAAAGAUACCUUAGAAAAGGACUCCAACCAAACUCCAAACCCCAAAUUUGAUGAAAAAACAAUAGUAGAGGUUGAAGCAGAACCAACUUGUACCACUUCUCCUGAAAAACCAAGUCAAAGUCAUGAUCCUGCUUCAGAUUUGACACCAUCAUUGGAUUUAGGGUGUACUCUUCCACCCACAGAGGAGAUGUCUUCAAUUGAGGACAAAAAGACAAAUGCUGGAGUCGCUGGUCAGGUAGAACCAGUUACAGCAACAUCAGAUCAAAGCUUCUCAGAAAACCAGAACUUAAUUGAAGCCCAGUUUGAACCCAGUAGAGGACAGGCCACCACAGACACAAGGCCAACAUCUGAGUCCACAGAUGAAAAACUGAUGUCUCAUUUUGGGACAAAUGAGAAUAGUUUUAUUGAUCCACUGACAUCUGAGUCAGCAGUCAUGGAAUCACAAGUUGGCCAAGGGUCAAAGAGAGACUCUGCCCCUAACCAGGAGAGCAGUAGCCAUCCUGCUCCAUGUGUUACAUCAGUAGAAGAAUUACCUGUUGGUCAGAAAGAAGAGAGUAAAGUUGCAUCUGCUUGCCAAACCAGGAGGAGUCGAUUCCAGAAAGUCAAACCCAACCUAGCACAGACAUCAAGGACUGUACUUUCCAAACCUGAAACCACAAAAGUUACUUUGGAGAAAGACUCCAACCAAACUCCAAAACCCAAAGUCCAUGAAAAAACAAUUGUAGAGGUUGAAGCAGAACCAACUUGCACCACUUCUCCUGAAAACCCAAGUCAAAGUCAUGAUCCUGCUUCAGAUUUGACACCAUCAUUGGAUUUAGGGUGUACUCUUCCACCCACAGAGGAGAUGUCUUCAAUUGAGGACAAAAAGACAAAUGUUGGAGUCGUUAGUCAGGUAGAAUCAGAUGGUGCAACAUCAGCUCAGAGUACCUCAGAAAACUGUUUCUCCUCUGAAGCCCAAUUAGAAUCCAGUAGUAAACAGGCCACCACAGAGACAAGGACAACAUCUGAGUCCACACAUGAAAAACAGAUGUCUCAUGUUGGGAUAACUGAGAGUAUUUGUAAUGAUCCACUGGCGCCCGACUCAGCACUCUCAGAAUCACAAGUUGGCCAAGCAUCAGACACAGCCCCUAUUCAAGGGAGCAGUGGCCAUCCUGCUCUAUGUGCAACACCUGCACAAGCGUUACCUGUCAGUCAGAAAGAAGAGAGUGAAGUCGAAUCUACUUGCCAGAGUAGGAGAGGUAGAUUACAAAAAGUCAAACCCAAACCCAACUUACCACAAAGAACUGUGCGCUCUAAACCUCAAACCACAAAAGAUCCUGCUUCACCUAUGCAGUUUGCAGAGAAACCCUGCAGUCCAACUUCAAGGCCUGAGUCCACAGCCAACACAACAGCACAGGUAGAAGCAAAGCCAACUUGCAGCACCAUCCUUCCUGAAGCACCAAGCCGAAUUAAAAAUACUGACACUGCUUCAGUGUCACUGCCAUCAUUGGAAGUAUGCUCAACUCAUAAAACCACAGAUGAAUUAUUUUCAACCGAGGAGCAAAAGACAGAUGUUGUGUGUAGACUAGAGCCAGAGAGCUCAGAACAAAAUGUUUCUCAAAGAAGGCAACGCUUUCCCAAGGUCAAACCCAAACCCAAUUUAGGAUCAUCCCUGCGAACUACACACACAAAACUGCAGUCAAAUGAUAUCAUUAAACCCUCAGAACAGUGCCAUACAGGUACCUCUUUAACCUCAGAACAACAGCCUCUGGAAAAUAACAAUGCACAAACAGAAGUGGAACUGACAACAGACAGCAAGCACCUAACAAGCACACAUUGCUCAUUACAUUCAGAACUGAGCUCAACAAUGUUAGCAUCUACAGAGUCAGGGAAGUCGCUUGACAGCAUAAAUGAUAAAGAUACAUCCUCUGACGGUGUCAUCAUAACAGCAUCUUGGGUUGCUGAAAAUCAGUCUGUGCUGACAGACUCAGUUCUUGAAAAUGAGAGCACCGAAAAACCCACAGUUGAAGAGGAAUCCACAAUGGACAAAAUGUCAAAUUAUGACAAGGUGGAGGCCGGACCUGCUUCACAAUGGGACUGCCAACAGGACACGUCUAUUAGAGCUACAGAGACAAAUACCCAACCAACAGAUAAUCCAACUGCAGUUUCAGACAUCCAGUGUUCAGAAGGUGGUUCAGCAGAGUCAAAAAUUGAAUUUGCACUCCCUACUAAUACACAGUACACAACGGAUCCAAAAGAAGGCGCUCAGCUACCACAGUCAGAGAAUGAUUCAGAGGCACAAAGUCAAGAUUCAGUCCAACAAUGUUCUGAAACUAAUCAAACAGCAGCACAAAGCACUGAUAACAGACAGUCAGAGCCAGUGGACUGUCCUUCAAGAAAACCUGCGCUGACUCGUAGAGGCUGGCUUAUUAAACCCAAACCCAGCCUUAGCCGCAGCAGUCGACCUCGACAACCCCAGCAAGUUCAGCACACAAAACAAGCAGAAGCAGAAGGUAUGGAUGCUUCAGCUUGCAAACCUGUGUCUGAACACCAACCUGAAAUCCUGGAACCAGCAGAGGGAGCUAUUGAACAAUGUAGUGACCCAAAUUCCCCUCCAAAUGAUUCUGGAUCCUCAUUAGGCUGUUUGACACAAGUUAUGGAACAGUUGAAUCAACAUGACUCCACUCCAGAUGUUGCUGGAUCCUCUCUUGGUUGUGUGAAACAAGUACCUUACAGUUUUACUCAGGAUGCAUCAACAUCGAGUACAGGAGGGACCCAGAGUCAUCCAAGUCUCACAAUAUUUCCAGACAUGCUGCCGCAGCAGGAGCCUUCAGAUCCAGAUGAACCGUUCUUCAUCCUCUCGCUGACUGAGAUCCCAGUCUGCUCAGCAGGAGAGGUGCUGGGCAGUGUGCCCGAGCCCCUCCCUUAUCUUCCUGUAACAGAUGCAUCAGUAGAGCAACAGAGCAAUCCUGGAGAAAGUUUGGCAGCAGCAGGGGGCGGGCUUCUCUCUAAUGUUGCUGUGCCUGUGUCCAUGGUGGAGAGCGAGGAAACAGGCCUCAUCAAUGUCAUAGAUAUUGGGCCUGACCCAACUGCAUAUAUAGGUUCAAUCAUGGAAAAUCCAGUGGAUCCACACGAGAAUACAACAGUCCAUCCAUCUAAAUUACCAGAGACCAUAGAGAAUAAUGAGACUGAAAUCGCCCCUACAAAGCAGAGACUAAUGAGCAUUAGAGGAAGAGGACCAGCCCAACUGCAGGUAGAGUCCAAUACUACAAAGAGGAAAGAAGCCAGCAAGGCCCUCGCUGCCAAGGAAGCAGAGCCAAUCCCCAUCCAAACAAACACCACCCUGCACUCAGAGCUUCUCGGGCCCUCUGUGCAGCCAAAAGCCUUGGAUGACAUUGUUACUGAGCAACAGAAAGGAAGUGGCGAUCAUGUACAUGCUGAAAAGGAGACUCUGACAGGUGGGGAGGACCCCGAGAAUACCAGCUCAGGAGCACUAAUUAAACGGACAAGGGGGGCGACUGGUCGGAAUAGAAAAUCUAAAGAGACAAACGACACUGCCCCAAGUGAUUCUCCACCUGGCAAAGCAGCCUCCAAGGGUGCUAAGGUCAAAACUCAGCGUGCAGCAAGAAAACGAUUUACCCCAGCAUCUGUAGCCUCAACAUCAUAUGAUGUCGCUCCCACACCCAGACCAACACAGCCGACAGAGGAAACCCACUCAACAUCCUCUACUGCAUCACCAACACACACACAGGUGCACCUUGAACAGACUUCUGAGCACAGCCGACUAUGCUCAGACACAACUCCUAUUACUCCUCUGUGUCCAGCUGAGGUUUCAGCUUCUCAGCAAAGUUUGGAGAGCAGCUCUAUAGAGGAGGAGCCCACCAGUGUGUCUCAGUACUUCUUAAGUGACAUUUUUACAGAAGUGGAAGACGGAUGAAAGCUGUAGGAAGAUGGAGUGAGAGGAGAAACCUGCAGGUGGCUUUGCCUUUUCAAUUUUUUUGUUGUGUUAAGUUAUGUUUGUAAAGAUUCAUUUAUGACUGAAAGACUGUUUUUGUUUUUGUUUUUGCUGUCCGUUGUCAUUAAGUGAAGCUAAAUUUACUUUACUUUCACAAGCACUUUGAAUAUGUACAAUAUGUGUAUUUACUGAAAUGCCUUUUUUAAAAGCCUCUAGUUCAAAUAAAUAAUAAAUUGUACACAUUAACCAAAACACUGGUAAAUAACUAAUCUGAAUCAGAGGUGGCAGCAUUCCCUUAAAUAUUCAUGAAGCCUCAGAUUCCCCAAUGUGGUGAACCACCUGUGAAAAUGUAAAUAUUGUACAAUAGGAAAUGAGCUUUUGACAUUUUUCUUUUCUGUAUGUGCUCCAUUUUUAAUACAGGCCAUUACAUUGGUCUCAGGACAUAAAGACAUAACCCAGACAUCAUGUAUAGCUGUAUGUUUAAAUGUAUUACCUUUUUUAAUGCCUCUUCUGUGUAUUUUUGUGCUAAUUUAUAAUCAUCCGUUCUAAUUUUGGUGUAUUAGACAAAGGAUGUCCUAAUAUUGGCUUUUCUUUUAGAAAACCGACAGACAGAAUUUCACUUCAUAGAACUGCAUCAUUGUCCCAACUUCACCCCAUACAGAGCAGAGGUACUCAGACUUUAUUUAAGGGAAAUGUUCUGCCAGCUAGCUUUCAUUAAGACAUUUUGUGAAACUGUAUAUAGUGUCAAUUAGAGGUCCUUGCACAGAUUUGCAGCAUUCAUGUUAUGUUUGAUACUUGAAACAAAAACAUGAAAUCUUCCUUAAACAUUUCAUGAAGUCAUUAAAAGUCAAACAUGGCAUUCUGUAAGAUCUGAAUAAAAUGGAGUCUUUCACCACCACAA